AUGCCAUCAGAGCAGGCUAUGGGGAGUCCAUAAUGCAUCUACAUACCACUGAAAUCCUUUUACAAAGACACUGAAAUAGUGACAAAAUCUUUAGAAUAUGAAUGGUUUUCUACUGGGCGUUUAUCUUCCUCCUGGUAUCCUGGAGUCCCCUUGUGGCUGCAUGAUGUACUGCCCUGAUGAUGUGGAAGUGAACAUACAUGAACACAGCCGCUGUCAAACAUAAGCCGAGUGGAUUUACACAAACCAUUUACUCUCUCUGUCGAAGUUCGGGCGGCAGCUGUUGUUUUUCCCGUCGUCAGUGUCAGUUAAAAUCGCAGCCCUGCAUUCCAAAAGGGAAGACGAGUACUUCACCAUGAGCUCAGACGAUGGUGAUUUGGAGAACCAGGCUGAGCUGGAAGAGAAGACACGGCUCAUCAACCAGGUGUUGGAGCUUCAGCAUACUUUAGAGGACCUGUCUGCCAGAGUGGAUGCUGUCAAAGAGGAGAACCUGAAGCUGAAGUCAGAGAACCAGGUUUUGGGUCAGUACAUCGAGAACCUCAUGUCUGCCUCUAGUGUCUUCCAGACCACUGACACCAAGAGCAAACGAAAGUAAGGAGAACCUUGGAGAGCCUUGACCUAGCACCCCCUCCCAUAGCCAGAACCUGAACUGUCCUGGAUGACCAGACUCUGAUCAUCAACGCCACUGAUAUCUUCGUCUUCUUCCUUCCUCUGCCAGAGCCUAAAACAUGUUUCCGAGUGUGCAGAUAUGGGUGUUUACCUUGAUGUGUGCACUAGGUGGCAGUAUUGUAUUGAACACUUCAGAAUUUACAGAAAAGGAGAAAGAAUGCAACUGAAACCUGUUUUCAGUCCUGGAAAAGACAGAAUACCCACAUUUUUGUUAAGCUCAACUAAUCAACAGAUACGCAUCGCAUUGUGUGAGCUGCGGUAAACCUGAGACCCCUUAUUGCACCUGUGUGCAAAGAUGUCUCUUUUCAGAAGCAUGUUUUAGACUUUAGUCAGCUGCAGCCCAACCCUCUUAUGUCCUGGAACCCUGAGUACUGCAGAGCCAACUCUGAUCAGUAGCUCAUAGAUGUGCAGUUGUCUGAUCCCAAAAUCUUCUGCCAGUUACAAACAUACAGCAGGGAAGUUAGUGAACACCAGGUCAGCAGGAAACACUAGAUAGCAGCCUCUGGUUUCAUAUUUGGUGACCUACUGUCUAAUGUAUGAUUUUUACAAGGGUUAAUAUAUGCUGCAAAUUAAGUUCAACAUGGCUCAGUAGUUAAAACCUAUUGAAUGGUGUCUUUCUAAAAUGUUUAAUAACUUUUGAAUCAGUCAAUACUUUCUAUAUGCUUAAAAACCUGAUAUGAAGUGGGGUUUCUGAGCUUUUCAGUGGUAGAACCAAGGGCCCUGUUAAAGCAUUUAGGGCUUCUAUUGUGAAUUAUUCCUCUGGGUCAUUGGUUGUAGCCAAGCUACUUUUGUUAUUCAUAAUCAAAAGAUUUUUCUGAAAAAUGCACUUCUGUUUCAAUAUCCACUGUUACGAUUUAAUACUUACUCUCUGAAAUUUAUUGGACACAUCUACAUGAUCAGGGAAGGAAAUAUAGGAUUACACCUGUUUUCAAGGAAACAAUACAUAGGUGUGUAGUAAAGUUCAGAUGUAUUACUUUAAAAGAUAAUUAAAAGAAAUCUUCCUGAGGUUCUGUUUGAGUUCACAGUAAUUAAGUAAUUAAUCAAAAAUCCUUGUAAAUACAUCUGUUUUCAGACAAUGCAAACAUAAAAUCAGCAGCCAGACUGAAACUUCAGGUUCACUGAACUGUUAAGAGUUGGGUAGAAAAAACAAAAUAAAUACAAUCAGGUGCCUCAAAAAAUUUGCUAGGUCUUUGAGAGUUAAAAGGAUUUUAAAAAAUAUUGAGGGAUAGGAAUGGGUUGGAAAAGUCAUCACAAUAUCAGGAUAGCUUAUAUAUGGAUAUUAAGGGUUUAGAAAUAAAAGAAUAUGCUAGAAACGAUCGAAAUACCUGUUCAUACGUUGUAUUUGUUCUUGAAUUUCCAGCACUUUUUGUAUAACAAGUCAAGACAAGACACUGGCAGUAUGUUUUGUUACGUUGCAAGGCCAACUGAAACAACCAAAAAGUAACACAAUGAUAAAAAUAAGCUCUCAGUCAGUCUCACAGUGACGCCACUUUCUGUACCAUGGAUAUACAUUAUCAUGGAAAAUAUCUUACUUAUCAGAGCACAGAUCAUUCUGACACUCUUGUCAGAUGUGGCUCGCUCACAGAGAUGUUUGCAAUUAGUGAUGUUCCUCCGCCUUCCCCACCACCAGGAAAAAAAAUAAAAAAUUGAAGCUACACCCCUGUUUUGUAGAGUGAAAAUGUUUACAUUAAACUUCCCUUUUCUCCUUGGGGCAUAACAGCAAUUUUCUGCUGGUGAGGCAUUAUAUCACUGCAGUGGAAAUUCAUGCCUGCUAGGAGGAGGAGAAGCAUGUUUCUGUAACCCCUUCCCCACAAUGGAGUUAGUAAUGACAAGGAGAACAGUAGAGGAGAGGUUGGCUGUUUCAAAUUGGGGAGAAAAUGUGUGGAAAAUCCCCUUUUCCUUUUAGUUAUUUAUUAGUCAGUAUUUGCUGAUGAAGAUCUGUUAUAUGAUUUUAUUAUUACUGCUUGUGACCUCUCCAAAGAGAGGGGUCUAAAAGCCCAUUGUUGAUGAUUAUGUUUUACCUAUUUCACUAUAUUUGUUGCCAUUUUGUUGUUGCUUCUUACAAGUUGGGAGUAAAUGCCACUACUUGAACACAAACUGUCACUGUUUUUUAGUUUAUACCCAAGAACAUGUGUCAAUUUGGACUGAAAGUCUAACUGCUAAGAGGGCAAAUGCCCAGUUUAGCCUCUCAAUGAAGUCUUGAAAUGUCUUUAACCCUGUUGCAUCUGAACAUUGUUUACAUAUUAUUUUUGUUGCUAAUAUGAAAUGACUUUGGUUUAUUAAAGUGAUGAUCUUUUUUGAUGACAA